UGCAAGCGAGCACUCGGUCAAUGAAUUCACAGCUUUCCGUGCAGCUGUUCAAAAUGGCUCAUCUUUCUCGGUGGAUCGUUGUUGCUGUGCUCGUCAUUGCAACCGGUGAAAUUACCAGGUGCACUCCUACAGGCACUUCGGCGGACCGCAAGCAGAAAUAUAACGAAUUCAAACGCACAUGCGCCAAGAUACUGCGAACUCCUGCCGACGAGUUGGAGCAAUACAUGAACUCCAAGUAUUCGGAGAAUCACGACACGUUCUGUUUCAUCCGUUGCACCUCGAUCUUGGACGGAGCCUACGACGAUGCGACCGGUGUUAAUCUGAGCCGAAUGUACGAGUCGAUGGGCGAAGGUCUUACCGAGGAACAGUUCACCGAACAGGCUAAAAGCUGCAGCGAACCGGUGGAAGGUGAACCGGAAGAAACGUGCUACUGCAGGAAGGCGUGGAAGCAACUGUGGUGUGUCCGCAAGCAGUAUCUGGACCGAAAGAAGGCACACGAGGAAGCGACGGAAGCUUAAGGUUUUUCGGUGAUUCGAUUUUGUGAGCAGUGUUUAAUGGGAAUUUUUACACAAUAAAACACGAGCGCAGUUUUAUCGAAA